AAAAUCACACAGAAAACAAAAGCCGCUUGCUCUGCUAACGCUCUCUCGCUCUGCCAUCUCUGUCGCUCAUUUCCUUUCCCAGCUUACUCACAAACAAACUUUACUCCCUUCUCAACACACCACACCACACCACUCUCCCUCGGAACGCUAUAUAAACCCCCCUCGCUUUCUGCUCCCAUUUUUCUCACCACCAGUUUCCGAUCUCCAUCUCCUCCCCAAAUCUCUCUCUCUCUCUCUCUCUCUCUCUCUCUGUCUCUGUGCGCAAACCCUAAACCCUAGAAAUUGAAGAUCAUUUGGUCACUAUGCUGAAGUUUUCGUCAACGACGACGAACCAGAUUCGCUUCCUUCUCCAGAGCAUCGACGAAUCAAACGCCGACUCUGUUCUUCGCGAGCUCCGACAGUUUGUUGAAUAUGGAAUUGAGGGAAGCAUUAUGCUUCUCCAGACGUGCAUAGAUCACUUGAAAUUUUACAACACAGACUCGAAGAACAUGCAGCUGGAAUUGGCUGUUGCAUCAAUAUUUAAAUUCCUCUUGGGCAAACCAAAUUUCAGCACAGUGUUUUGUGAGUCGCUAAGAAAUACAGAGAUCAAUGAGGGAACUCUGGAGAAUUUCUCUAAUGUAUUACACCUGUCUGUAUCGGAAAAAAUUGGUAUUGGUCUAGCUUUAUCAGAUUCUGAAAAUCUUGAUACCAGGAAUUGUGGCCAAAGUUUUUGUAUGGCUCAGAUGAAGGAAUUGUGCACCAAUCCUGUUUCGGUUGGCGGUACUGAUCAAAUAAAGAAUAUUGUUAUGCUCCUCCAGCGGUCUGAGGGCCUUUCCAAGCACAUGGAUUCCUUUAUGCAAAUGUUAUCUCUUGUGCAGUUUAAUGAUGUCACCCCAUUUGUUUUAACUCCAUUACUUUCAGAUGAACUACGUGAGGCUGAUUUUCUGAGGAAUAUGAAUCUGUUCAAUGACUGCGGAGAAGAUGAUUUUGAUUCUAUUUUAGCAGAAAUGGAGAAAGAAAUGAGCAUGGGAGAUAUUAUGAAGGAACUAGGUUAUGGUUGCACAGUUAAUGCAUCGCAGUGCAAAGAGAUUUUAUCUCUUUUCUUACCACUGUCUGAGGUUACCCUUUCUAAAAUACUUGGCACAAUUGCCUGUACCCAAGCUGGUCUUGAGGACAAUCAGAACACCUUUUCAACAUUUAGUUUGGCUGUUGGCUGCAGUACUUUGUCUGAUCUGCCUUUGUUGAACUCCUGGAAUAUUGAUGUUCUUAUUGAUACAAUCAAGGAACUUGCUCCUGCUACCAACUGGAUUCGAGUUAUUGAAAAUAUGGACCAUGAGGGGUUCUACAUUCCUAAUCACGAGGCGUUCUCUUUUUUCAUGUCUGUAUAUAGACGUGCAUGCCAGGAGCCAUUCCCUCUCCAUGCCAUUUGUGGGUCUGUUUGGAAGAAUACUGAGGGUCAGCUAUCUUUUCUUAAAUAUGCUGUAUCAGCACCACCAGAAGUAUUUACGUUUGCCCAUUCUGUAAGGCAGCUGGCCUAUAUCGAUGCAGUGAAUGGACAUACGCUUCCAAUUGGACAUGCUAAUCAUGCAUGGUUGUGUCUUGACCUUUUGAAUGUAUUGUGUCAACUAGCUGAGAGGGGUCAUGCCACUUCUGUUCGCUCAAUGCUUGCUUAUCCUAUUAAACACUGUCCUGAAGUCUUACUUCUUGGGAUGGCAUGCUUUAAUACUGCAUAUAACCUCCUCCAGCAUGAAGUCUUGUUUACUGUUUUUCCCAAUAUAGUUAAAAAUGGCAUGGGUAAUGGAAUGAUUCAUCACCUCUGGUGUGUCAACCCUAAUUUUGUGUUGCGGGGAUUUGUAGAUUCUGUCAGCUGUGAUCCAGACAGUAUGACUAGAAUAUUGGAUGUCUGCCAGGAGCUAAAGAUUAUAUCAUUAGUAUUGGACGCGAUUCCUUCUCCUUAUGCCAUCAGAUUGGCAGCUCUUGCUUCACGGAAAGAACUUGUAGACCUUGAGAAGUGGCUAAUUCAUAAUUUAAAUACAUAUAAAGAUAUUUUCUUUGAGGAAUGCCUCAAGUUCAUAAAUGGAUCCCAGGAUUUUUCCACCAAAACGUUCCAUGAUUCUGGUGCUGUCUCGAAUCUUUAUUUGGAGACUAGUUCUACCUUUAUGAAGGUCCUUAAAGCUCACGCUGGCUUGAUUACCUCCAGCCAGCUUGCUGAGGAAAUGGAAAAGCUGCAUGCACCAGUUAUGGAUCCUAAUCCCAGGUUGCAGAAUGGUGGGGCUACUGAUUCUUCGACAUCUGAUGGAUUUUCAGAUGAUGUUGAGGCUGAAGCAAACUCUUAUUUCCAGCAAAUGUUUUCUGGCCAGUUGACCAUUGAUGCAAUGGUCCAAAUGCUUGCUCAAUUCAAGGAAUCUUCUGUGAAAAGGGAACAAUUAAUUUUUGAGUGCAUGAUUGCAAAUCUGUUUGAGGAGUAUCGAUUCUUCCCCAAGUAUCCGGAAAGGCAGCUCAAAAUUGCUGCGGUUCUGUUUGGUUCUGUGAUCAAGCACCAGCUUGUAAGUCAUCUCACACUGGGGAUUGCUCUGCGUGGUGUGUUAGAUGCACUACGCAAACCUGCAGAUUCAAAAAUGUUUGUGUUUGGGAAUCUAGCUCUGGAGCAGUUUGUGGAUCGUCUGAUUGAGUGGCCACAGUAUUGUAAUCAUAUCUUACAGAUAUCUCAUCUGCGUGGUAUUCAUUCAGAACUUGUUGCUUUCAUCGAACAGGCUCUUGCCAGGAUUUCAUCAGGCCAUUCAGACACAGAUGGAGGCGGCCAUGGUUCUGUUGUUAAUCACCAUGGUUCCACUCAGUCUUCCUCAGGGAAUUUGGAGUUAAAUGGCUCUAGCAUCAUACAGGCUGGGCAGCAGCUUUCAUCUCCAAUACAAAUUCAACUAAGACAUGAAAGUCUUGAGGAUCGCCAUAAAACUGUUGCAGUGUCAUCUAAUGAUGUGAAACCACUCUUACCUUCUGUAGGGCAAUCUUCAGCUAUUCAUUCAGCUGAUGCCUCCAGUAUUCAGAAGUUGCAGCCACAGAUUGCUGUCAGUGCUCCAGCAUUGCUGUCUUCUUCCCCUGGUUUUGUCCGUCCUUCUCGAUCAGUUACAUCUGCCAGGUUUGGGUCUGCACUGAACAUUGAAACACUUGUUGCUGCAGCUGAGAAAAGAGAAACUCCGAUAGAGGCUCCAGCAUCAGAGAUUCAAGACAAAAUAUCUUUUAUUAUUAAUAACAUUUCAGUUACUAAUAUCGAAGCUAAAGCAAAAGAAUUAACUGAAAUUUUGAAAGAGCAGUACUACCCCUGGUUUGCACAAUAUAUGGUUAUGAAAAGAGCAAGUAUCGAGCCAAAUUUUCAUGACUUGUAUUUGAAGUUUCUCGACAAGAUCAAUUCAAAGGCUUUGAAUAAAGAGAUUGUUCAAGCCACUUAUGAGAACUGCAAGGUUCUUUUAGGAUCAGAGCUUAUAAAGUCUAGUUCGGAAGAGCGUUCGUUGCUGAAAAACUUAGGUAGUUGGCUUGGGAAGUUAACAAUUGGGAGGAAUCAAGUCUUAAGGGCUCGUGAAAUAGAUCCUAAAUCUUUGAUUAUAGAGGCAUAUGAGAAGGGAUUGAUGAUUGCAGUAAUUCCGUUUACUUCUAAGGUUCUGGAACCCUGCCAAAGCAGUCUUGCAUACCAACCCCCCAAUCCCUGGACCAUGGGCAUUCUUGGGUUACUAGCUGAGAUAUAUUCAAUGCCUAACUUAAAAAUGAACCUCAAGUUUGACAUAGAGGUCCUAUUCAAGAAUCUAGGUGUUGAUAUGAAGGAUGUUACACCGACUUCUCUUCUCAAAGAUCGCAAAAGGGAAAUUGAAGGGAAUCCUGAUUUUUCUAAUAAAGAUGUUGGAGCAUCCCAACCACAGUUAGUUUCUGAAAUCAAAUCAGGAAUAGUAUCUCCAGUGAAUCAAGUUGAGCUACCACUUGAGGUUGCUAGUCCUUCUAAUUCUGGUGGCCACACACAUUUACUAUCUCAGUAUGCUUCUCUUCAUCUACCUACCGGUACGUUGAUGGAGGAUGAAAAGCUAUCAGCUUUGGGAUUGGCUGAUCAGCUCCCUUCUGCUCAGGGACUCUUACAAGCCACUCCAUCCCAGUCACCUUUUUCCAUUAGUCAGGUGAUUCCGGCACAAAUACCCAACAUUGGAAAUCAUGUUAUUAUCAACCAGAAGCUCAGUGGUUCGGGCUUACACCUGCAUUUUCAGAGCAUGGUUCCGAUGGCGAUGGAUAGAGCUAUUAAGGAGAUAGUAUCUGGUAUUGUUCAGCGCAGUGUAUCUAUAGCUACUCAAACAACAAAGGAACUUGUUUUAAAGGAUUAUGCCAUGGAAUCAGAUGAGACACGCAUAUUCAAUGCAGCACACUUGAUGGUUGCGAGUCUGGCUGGAAGUCUAGCUCAUGUAACAUGCAAGGAACCCUUACGGGUUGCAUUAUCAAGUCAACUGAGGAGUUCGCUUCAGAAUAGGGGUAUUGCAAAUGAAAUUAUGGAACAAGCUGUACAGCUUGUUACCAAUGACAACCUUGAUCUUGGCUGUGCACUUAUUGAACAGGCUGCCACAGACAAGGCGAUACAAACCAUUGAUGGGGAAAUAGGUCAACAACUUGCUUUGAGAAGGAAGCAUAGAGAGGGUGUUGGUCCCACAUUUUUUGAUGCAAACAUGUAUACACAAGGUUCUAUGGGUGUUGUACCAGAGGCCCUCCGGCCUAAACCUGGUCACCUAUCCCUUUCUCAACAACGAGUUUAUGAGGACUUUGUUCGGCUUCCCUGGCAAAACCAAUCUACCCAGAGUUCACAUGCUAUGCCAUCCGGUCCUGCUACUGCUGGCAGUACAGGUUUGCCUGGUGCGUAUGGCUCAGCAUCUGGACAAUUAAAUCCUGGCUACUCAUCUGGCCCUGGUAGCACAGGAUUUGAAGCAGUCUCUCGGCCACAGGAUGAGUCAACGGAAUCUAAUUCAGCUCUGCAUCUUAGUGCUUCCUCACUUCACAUUGGAGUUGCUGAUGGUGCUAGCCACAUUAGUUCUGAAAAUGAUUCUGCAACUGCUUCGUUUCCUCCAACUACCUCAGCCUCUGACUUACAUUCAGUCGAUUCCUCUGAUGUUGCAAAAGAGUCUGGAGCUUCUUCACAGUCAUUACCUUCACAGGUUACCACAGAACGCCUUGGAACUGGCAUAUCAGAACCUUCACUCACCACUAGGGAUGCAUUGGAUAAAUACCAAAUUGUGGCACAGAAGUUGGAAGCUUUGCUAAAUAAUGAUGGUAAAGACGCAGAAGUUCAGGUAGUCAUUGCUGAGGUUCCUGAAAUUAUACUCAGAUGCAUAAGUCGAGAUGAAGCUGCCUUGGCUGUUGCACAAAAGGUUUUUAAAGGUUUAUAUGAGAAUGGGUCAAACAAUAUCCAUAUUGGUGCUCAUCUGGCAAUUCUGACUGCAAUUCGUGAUGUUUGUAAGCUUGUUGUUAAGGAGCUCAGUAGCUGGGUUAUUUACUCAGAUGAGGAGCGGAAGUUCAACAAAGAUAUAACUAUUGGCCUUAUUCGCAGUGAAUUGUUAAACCUUGCAGAGUACAAUGUUCACAUGGCAAAACUUAUUGAUGGGGGCAGGAAUAAAACUGCAACCGAGUUUGCAAUUUCCCUUUUACAAACUUUAGUCGUUGAAGAAUCUAAAGUUAUUUCUGAACUUCACAAUCUUGUUGACGCUUUGGCAAAGGUUGCUCAAAAGCCUGGAUCUCCAGAGUCAUUACAACAGCUGGUUGAGAUCGUGAAGAAUCCUGCUGGUAGUGUGGCUGCUCUAUCUAGUGUAAAUGUCGGAAAGGAGGAUAAGGCGAGACAAUUAAAAGACAAAAAGGCUCCUGGGUACUCUACAGCAAGCAGAGAAGACUAUAAUAAUGCAGAGUCUGUUGAACCAGAUCCGGCUGGUUUUCGUGAGCAGGUCUCUAUGCUGUUUGCGGAUUGGUACCGGAUAUGUGAACUACCUGGUGCAAAUGAUGCAGCCUUUACCAAUUACAUCUCACAGUUGCAUCAGAGUGGACUGCUGAAGGGGGAUGAUAUGACAGAUCGCUUUUUCCGCCUCCUGACAGAGCUUUCUGUCGCACAUUGCCUGUCCUCUGAGGUGAUAAAUUCAGGAACAUUGCAAUCGUCUCAAGUGCAGAACCUGUCCUUCCUUGCAGUUGAUAUCUACGCAAAACUUGUCUUUUCAAUCCUGAAGGGAUCAAAUAAAGUCUUUCUUUUGUCUAAGAUUCUGGCAGUGACAGUAAGAUUCAUCCAGAAAGAUGCAGAGGAAAAGAAAGCUUCUUUUAAUCCGAGACCAUAUUUUAGACUGUUCAUUAACUGGCUGCUGGACCUGGGAUCCCUGGAACCUAUUGUUGAUGGUGCAAACUUUCAGGUUUUGGCAACGUUUGCAAAUGCAUUUCAUGCUUUGCAGCCCCUCAAAGUUCCCUCAUUCAGCUUUGCCUGGCUUGAGUUGGUGAGUCACCGGAGUUUCAUGCCAAAAAUGCUCACUGCAAACGGUCAGAAGGGUUGGCCCUUUAUCCAGCGCUUGCUGGUAGAUUUGUUCCAAUUCAUGGAGCCCUUUUUGAGGAGUGCUGAACUUGGAAUGCCGGUUCAUUUUCUAUAUAAAGGCACACUUAGGGUACUGUUAGUGCUGCUUCAUGAUUUCCCUGAGUUCCUGUGUGAUUACCAUUUUACCUUCUGUGAUGUGAUUCCUCCAAGCUGCAUACAAAUGCGAAACAUUAUCCUUAGUGCAUUUCCUCGUAAUAUGAGGCUGCCUGAUCCAUCAACUCCCAAUUUGAAGAUUGAUUUACUUCCAGAAAGCAGUCAAUCCCCUCGCAUUCUCUCUGAGGUUGAUGCAGCUCUUAAAGCAAAGCAGAUGAAGGCUGAUGUAGAUGAGUAUCUCAAGACUAGGCAACCUGGGUCCUUUCUGACUGAACUCAAGCAGAAGCUCCUCCUUCCACCAAGUGAGGCUGCCUCCGCUGGUACCCGUUACAAUGUACCCUUAAUCAACUCCCUCGUGCUCUAUGUUGGAAUGCAGGCCAUCCAGCAGCUGCAGCCAAAAACUGUCCCAUUGGCUUUGUUCUUGGUUGGUGCUGCCUUGGACAUCUUCCAGACUCUAAUAGGGGACUUAGAUACUGAAGGGCGCUACCUCUUUCUCAAUGCAGUUGCUAACCAAUUGCGCUAUCCAAACACCCAUACACAUUACUUCUCUUUCAUCCUUCUUUACUUGUUUGCCGAAUCAAACCAGGAAAUAAUCCAGGAGCAAAUUACAAGAGUAUUGUUAGAACGCCUGAUUGUUAAUCGACCUCAUCCAUGGGGCCUUCUGAUUAAUUUCAUCGAAUUAAUUAAGAAUCAAAGAUACAACUUUUGGAACCGAGCUUUUAUAAGAUGUGCCCCAGAGAUUGAAAAACUAUUUGAAUCAGUCUCAAGAUCCUGUGGGGGUCCAAAAUCUGUGGAUGAGAGUAUGGUUUCUAGCUGGGUAUCUGACGCUGCCCAUUGAUUCUCCCCAGCAUGCUUGUCAAUUUUUUUGAUAUGUAAUAAUUUUUUAUUGAAAAAUAGGAGAGACCUCGUGUACAUAGGGGCUUGUCAGAGAAUUGUUAUGUAAAUAUAUCCAGUUAAAACAACUAGGUACAUUGUAUAGUGUUCAGGAUUCUUAGAAUUGUAUUUAAUGAAGAGAUUUUGUUAUUGACUUUUA